AUGGCGACCGUUCCUCCCAGCACCAUCGCUCCCAAGAGCCAUGUCGGUUUCGACAGCAUCACGUCCCAGAUUGAGCGCAAGCUCUUGAAGCGUGGCUUCCAGUUCAACGUCAUCUGCGUUGGCCAAACUGGUAUGGGCAAGUCCACCCUGAUUAACACCAUCUUCGCUUCGCACCUCAUCGACUCCAAGGGUCGCCUCCAGCCCGAGGAGCCCAUCCGCUCCACCACUGAGAUCCAGGCCGUGUCCCACAUCAUCGAGGAGAACGGCGUCCGAUUGAGACUCAACAUCGUCGACACCCCUGGAUACGGCGACCUGGUCAACAACGACCGUUGCUGGGACCCCAUCGUCAAGUAUAUCAAGGAUCAGCACUCCGCGUACUUGCGCAAGGAGCUCACGGCACAGCGAGAGCGCUACAUCCAGGAUACUCGUAUCCACUGCUGCCUCUUCUUCAUCCACCCCUCGGGCCACUCCCUGAAGCCUAUCGACAUUGUUGUCUUGAAGAAGCUUUCUGAUGUCGUCAACGUCGUUCCUGUCAUCGCCAAGGCUGACUCCCUGACCUCUGAGGAGCGCCUGGCCUUCAAGGAGCGCAUUAAGGAGGAGUUCUCUUUCCACAACCUCAAGAUGUACCCCUACGACAACGACGAGUUUGACGAGGAGGAGCGCGCCCUGAACAGCCAGAUCAAGAGCCUCGUCCCCUUCGCUGUCGUCGGGUCCGAGAAGUCGAUCAUUGUCAACGGCAAGCAGGUUCGCGGCCGACAGAACCGAUGGGGUGUCAUCAACGUCGAGGAUGAGACUCACUGCGAAUUCGUCUACCUGCGCAACUUCCUCCUCCGAACCCACCUCCAGGAUCUUAUCGAGACCACCUCCCAGAUCCACUACGAGACUUUCCGUGCCAAGCAACUACUGGCCCUGAAGGAGAGCAGCGCUCAUGGUGGUGCCAGCAGCCGGCCCAUCAGCCCCGCUGCUGACCGAGAGAUGAGCCGAAGCUCGCAAAGAAUGACGAUGAACGGCUACUAA